UUGAUUAACUUUACGAAUGAAGAAGAGGAAAUCGUCCGGAAAGCUUUUGAUAGAGCUUUUCAAGAUCCAAGUGACCUUUCGGAAAGGUUCAUGCUCUUUAUUAACAAGUGUUCGCGUGAAUACGAAACGACAAAAGACUAUUAUGCGCCAUACACAACCUUAAUUCAAGCCAGUGGCACAGGAAAAUCCAAAUUAUUGAAGAAUUUUGCAGAAAACAUAAUGACCGUAUAUUGCUGUUUGCGUGACUCCAAAUCAAGUGGCUAUCCAUCCAGAUCACAUAUUGCCAAUACACUAUUACGUGAGUUUGAGAAUGAACGAGAUGCCAUAGUUACCUACCUUGCAUACAUAUGCGCAUGUUUUCAAAAGUUGCAGGAAUUCAACGGGAGUUGCAAAGAAUGGAUUGAUGAACAUACCAACAAAAAUUCUCAG